CGAGGAAUUUGUUCACCUGUCCACUCUAUAGAACGGCACUGUGUUCUGUCCUGCCAGUGGGGCAAGGGUCGCUCCAGCCUUACCCUUGGAGCUUUGGCCCUAGCGGCUUCACUUGCGUUAUCAAAGGCAGAGCGUCCCACUUGACAAACAGCAGGAGGCUCUUGAUAGAGAAGCGCGGGGGGUGCCAAUCUAAGAGACCAAACCUGACAUGCUGCGGUGAGUCCACUUACUGCCAUCCUCCAGGGACCUUUCCUGAGCGCAGGGAGACCAGUCGAAGGGAAAGGCCACCCAGAAGCAGCGAAGUAGGCAGCGUCCCACCCACCAGAGAUCUAGUAGGGAGCCAGUGCCCAAACCGCCGUCUCUGGGUAGUCUCUGGAUUGCCGGCGCCCAGGAAACCACCCGCCAGAAGACCAACCCAGCACCGACUGGACAGGCAGCGCAGGCCAGGAUUCAGGAGCGAGCUUGAUCUCUCAUCCCAGUCCCCUCCCUCCUUCUCCGGCUGUGAAGAUGUCCGCCAAGCCCGAAGUCGGAUUAGUGCGUGAAGCUUCUCGGCAGAUCGUGGCCGGUGGUUCAGCUGGUCUUGUAGAAAUUUGCCUGAUGCACCCCCUGGAUGUGGUGAAAACCAGGUUCCAGAUUCAGAGAUAUGCAACUGAUCCAAACAGUUAUAAAAGCUUAGGGGACAGCUUUCGUAUGAUCUUCCGAACAGAAGGGUUGUUUGGUUUUUACAAGGGAAUUCUGCCACCCAUCUUAGCUGAAACACCAAAAAGAGCAGUGAAGUUUUUCACCUUUGAGCAGUACAAGAAAUUGCUAGGAUAUGUGUCACUGUCACCAGCAUUGACAUUUGCCAUUGCUGGAUUGGGAUCUGGACUAACAGAAGCCAUCGUGGUUAACCCUUUUGAGGUAGUAAAAGUUGGCUUGCAAGCUAAUCGGAACACAUUCACAGAGCAACCAUCCACCUUAAGUUAUGCAAGACAAAUCAUUAAGAAGGAAGGCUUGGGACUCCAGGGCCUCAACAAAGGAUUUACAGCAACUUUGGGACGUCAUGGAGUUUUCAACAUGGUUUAUUUUGGCUUCUACUACAAUGUCAAAAACAUUAUUCCUGUCAAUAAGGAUCCAACCUUGGAAUUUUUGAGAAAAUUUGGGAUUGGUCUUCUCUCGGGGACAAUAGCCUCAGUCAUUAACAUCCCUAACACAGUUCUUUCUUUUCUAGGUGGUGCAGUGAUGCUGCUGGUUUAUGAAUACACCUAUUCAUGGCUGCAAGAGAACUGGUGACUGCCUCCCAAGCAUUUUCCCCUUGAGAUAAUGGGUAUUUGCUCUGCAACCCCAUGAAGAGGAAAGACUACGGAUCAGCUAAACUAGGCAUACGAUUAUGAAGGGGAAAACAGCUUGUUCAAGAACAAAGCCUAUUUUGAGACGUUAGGAAUUAUCUUUAGGCAACUUGAAAUGACAAUUUGGGUCAUAUACAUAAAGCUGUGGAAAAAAUAGUAUGAAAUAAUGAGAUAUAUAAGUUGACUAUUAAAAUUGCAUAGGAAUCAGUUAUGUUUUAUAAAAGCAAAAUGAGUUUCAUCACUUAUGUUCCUCUUAUACUACUUCAUAAUGAAAAUUCAUUAUAAUGAUAAUUGUUUUAACUAAGAGGCCUAGAAAUGCUUAAGUUCUUGAAAGUAAAUUCUUCUGUGGCUAUUUUGAGAAAAACUGGGUGAAAAAAAUAGUUAAAGUUUUUAUAAGGAGUUAACUUUUUCCACUAGUAAUAUUUAAAGAACAGAAGGAGAAUAUUUUCAAGGUGCAUUAAAAUGGCUUUUUAAGAAUGUUUAAUUUCAUGAAUGUUAUUAAAAUGUAAAUCUGUUAUCUAGUUCUAGUUUCCUAAAUCUACUUUAUAUUUUACAUGGUUGAUAAAGUAGAUAUAUUUUAAGUCAUGCUAUCUGAUGUAUUUUACUACUAAUGGAAUACAUGAAAUUAAACUACUUUGAAGACAA